CAUUCUUUUUCUUUUUGCAUCUCAUAUAAUAUAAUACAUAUAUAUAUAUAUAUAUAUAUAUUUCGUUUAAAGCCAUGGUAUCCAAUAAAGAAAUUAACAAUAGCGCUGCCGAACUCGAUGGCAUGCUGAAGCGUAUGCAUGAGAUGGUGCUCCAGCAUGUCAAGGAAGGUCAGGACCUGCAUGCAGUGGUAGACUACAAAACUCCCGCCGAGCUGUACAAGACAGUUGACUUUGCCUUGCCUGAGCGCGGCACUGGUGUUGAUGGCACCUUUGACUUGAUCAAGGACACCCUCAACUACAGUGUCAACUCAUGGAACCCUCGGUUUAUGGACAAGCUCUAUGCAGGCACCAAUCCCAUUGGCGUCAUUUCCGAGUUUUUGUUGGGUGUGCUCAACGGCAAUUGCCAUGUCUACCAUGUGUCACCGGUCUUGACAUUGAUGGAAGUCGAAGUGACCAAGGCCGUUGGCCAAUUGCUCGGCAUGGGCCAACAUGCCAAUGGUCUGUUCUGUCCCGGUGGUUCUGCUUCCAACUUAUUGGCCAUGGUGACUGCCCGUAACAAACUGUACCCUUCCAUCAAAACAACCGGCUAUAUCCCGCGUCCGUUCAACCCCAGUGCCGACUAUGGCAAGCUCAAGGUGUUCACGUCGGCCCACUGCCACUAUAGCAUUGACAAGGCUGCGCUUGUCCUCGGUCUCGGUACGGACAGUAUUGUCAAGGUCCCCACGGAUGAAAAGUGCAAGAUGCGUGUGGACGCACUUGAACGUUUGAUUCAAGAAAGCAUUGAACGUGGUGAAACACCCUUCUUCAUCAAUGCUACUGCAGGCACUACUGUGAUGGGUGCAUUUGAUCCUAUCCAAAGUAUAUCCGCAGUCGCCAAAAAGUACAACUGCUGGCUACACGUCGAUGGAUCGUGGGGUGGCUCUGCCAUCUUCUCACAAACAGUGCGCGAGCAAUUGGGCUGGCUUGACGGCUCCAAUCUGGCUGACUCAUUUACCAUGAACCCUCACAAACUUCUCGGUGUCCCACUGCAAUGUUCGAUGGUGGUGACUCCACACGAAAUGCUUUUCCCCAAGGUCAACACAUUGGCCGCCGACUACUUGUUCCACGGCAACCCCUAUGACCUUGGUGCUGGCACCAUUGGCUGUGGCCGACGUCCUGACGCACUAAAGAUCUUUCUGGCAUGGAAGUUCUAUGGCCGAGACGGUCUGGGCCAACGUAUCGACCGAGCCAUCCAGGCGGCUGCAGACUUUACGGAUUUGGUCCGAGAGCGAGAACAUUUUGAACUGGUUACUGACCCUAGCUUAUUCUGUCAAGUGUGUUUCUGGUAUGUGCCCAAGGAGUUCCAGAGUCAGGUACAAUCGUGGAGAGCUCAACAGCCCGAGGUUUGGAAAGCCAAGAUGACACGCGUCAUCCAUCUGUUGCACGAGCGAGUGAAUCAUUCGGGCGACUUUUUGGUCGACCAUGCUCCCCUCGACACACUGCCUCACUUUUUCCGCAUAGUGAUCAAUGCGCCCACCGUCAAUGUGCAUCGUGACUUGGCUGCUUUGUUGGAUGCCAUCGAAGACGCAAGUAAAAAGAUCGCUUGGAACCAAGUGUCUCUCUAAUUUUUCCUUUCAUGCGCUGCCCAAGCAACAACAGAUCGACAAGCCCAUCAAAACCAUAUAAAUGCCUCCCCCCCCACCCCGAGUGAAAUGAUAUCCUACUUAUUUAUAUUGAUCAUUAAUUCAAAGAAAAAAAAAAGAAAACCCAAAUACAGGGUCUCUCUAAUAAAGAAAAAAAAGAACAAGUUGUGUAC